AUGGACCUCAAAACAAAUCAUACUCCUGUGCUUGCUGAUACUGCACCAUUAACACGGUCAAGGCUGGGGUCAACCAUUCCGCAUGGUUCCUUGCUGACAAUUCCUAGGAAGAAAACAGGAAUUCUUGAUGAUGUUCGUUCUAGUGGUUGGCUAGAUGCCAUGAAAUCAUCUUCUCCUACUCACAAUAAAAUAUCAAAGGAUGUUAGCCAUGGGAAUGCAUCAUCUGAUGCUGAUGCAGCCUAUUAUACUUGGCUGCUGAAGUUUCCAUCAGCACUUACAUCUUUUGAGCAAAUUGCUAACUGUGCAAAAGGCAAGAGAAUAGCAUUGUUUCUGGAUUAUGAUGGGACUCUUUCACCAAUUGUGGAUGAUCCUGACUGUGCCUUCAUGUCCGACAAUAUGCGUGCUGCUGUUAAAAAAGUGGCAGAAUAUUUUCCCACCGCAAUAAUUAGCGGAAGAAGCCGUGACAAGGUCUAUGAAUUUGUUGGAGUAACAGAACUCUAUUAUGCUGGUAGUCAUGGGAUGGACAUUAUGGGUCCUCUUAGACAAUCUGUAUCUGAUAAUCACCCAAAUUGCAUUAUGUCUACUGACCAUAAGGGUAAUGAAGUCAAUUUAUUCCAACCCGCUGCUGCAUUCCUGCCCAUGAUUGAUGAGGUACAUGGGUUGCUCAUGGAGUGUACAAAAGACAUUAAAGGAGCAAAAGUUGAGAACAAUAAGUUUUGUGUCUCUGUACAUUACCGUAAUGUAGAUGAGAAGAUUUGGGAUAUGGUGGGACAACGUGUAUAUGAUGUUCUGAAGGGCUACCCACGAUUACGGAUAACACAUGGGCGGAGGGUUUUAGAGGUCCGACCCAUGAUUGACUGGGAUAAGGGAAAAGCUAUCACAUUUUUACUUGAGUCACUUGGACUUAACAAUUGUGAUGACGUGCUAGCUAUAUAUGUUGGAGAUGAUCGGACAGAUGAAGAUGCAUUUAAGGUUUUGAGAGAAGUUAAUAAAGGUUGUGGCAUCUUAGUGUCCUCUGCCCCAAAGGAAAGCAAUGCGGUUUACUCUCUUCGGGAUCCUUUAGAGGUCAUGGAAUUUCUUAAGUCACUUGUGAAAUGGAACAAAGCCUUGGGGAACACAAAAACAUCACCAACUUUGAGAAUCUUUUGGAAAAACUGGUUUUGGGUAUCAACAAAUCCAGCUAACAAUACACCUUUGGUAACAAAGAUCAUCUCAGUAGCUCUAGGAUGA